UUCCUGACAGCAGGGCCGUCCUGCUGCUGCGGGAUUUUUCCAGCUGGAGCAUCCUGCCGGCUCAGCUGUAAUUUAUGGAAAUUGGUUUCUGACGUGAGGCUUUUUUUCUGUUACGACAGGGACCCACCAGCUGGAGGAGGCAGAGUUGCAGCUGAGGAAGAGGUGGGGAGCAGAGGGUCACCAGAGGAGUGGAGAGAACAGAAGGAGAAAAAGGCACAGAGAUGCUUCAGAGAUGGGUGAUUUAUAACUAAGAGAGCAGGAAGAAAGGUAGCGAAAGGGAGAGAAGGAGAGUUGUGGGAAAGGAGGUCUGAGACUGAAGCAGCCUCACGAGGGUAAACACCAGGAGAGGAGUUCAGGGAACACCCCGGCACACCAAGAAGGACCUGUUCUGUUUUAAGGACCAUGAGCACAAGGAAGAGCUGUCCCCUGCCACUGGGGCAAGCAGACCAGGAAGAAAAGCAGAGCGAGGGUACUCCUGACCUGGAGCGGCAGAAGGGUGAGGUGGAGCUGAGGAACAAAGCUAUUCUGCAACAGAAGAGGCGUCUUAAACAGGCCACCCAGUUUGUGCACAAGGACUCUGCUGACCUGCUGCCCUUGGAUGGCUUGACAAGGCUUGGCACCUCCAAGGAUCUGCAGCCACAUAGUGUGGUCCAGCGGCGCCUCUUGGAAGGCAACCUGAACAAGCUGCGAGGCGAGACCAGGGUUCAGGCUGCAUGGGUUCAAUCUCCGCUGGCAAAAGACCGAGAUGAAAAGAUGGAAAAGGGAGAGGACAGGAGAAAAGAGACUUCAUCCCUGCUAAUACAGUGCCAGUGCCAAGGUCAGGUAUUGGAAGCAACAGUUAACACUGGAUGUCUACCAAAUCUCAUCUCCAGGAGCUGUUUAAACCAGCUUGGGCUGGAAGAAGUGUCUGCUGUGGACUGUGGAGACCCCUCUCUUUCCAUCCGCAGCGUUGUUGGCCGAGUAGAACAGAUGGAGUUGCAAUUUGGCCAGGAGACAGUGCUGUGUUCAGCACUGGUUGUAGAUGAUGAAUUGCUGGAGUUUUGCAUUGGUCUCCAGACUCUGCUGUCUCUCAAGUGUUGCAUCGACUUGGAGGAAGGAGUCCUGAGGUUUAAAGCACUGAGUCAAGAGCUGCCUUUUCUACAUGCCUCCGAAGAGCCUGGUCAGUGACUGGUUGCAUUCCCCAUGCUUGGGGCUGAGGAGACAGCUGCCAUGAGACAGACACGAGGGUGAGGCUCACAUGCCCCUAACCUUGCUGAGUUCUAGGCUGAGGCAUUCACUGGGGAGUGAGAAAAAGGCUGGUAGUGCCUCAUCUUGAGAGAUAUCCCUCCUUUCAGUGGACCCUUUGCUUGUCCCCAUAUGCCAGUGGGCAUUUUGUUUUUAUCAAUGUCCAGUUACUCUAAUUUCUGCUUCUGUAUUAAAUUCACCAUACCCUUUUAACGGCUUAUUUUUACAAUACCCUUGUUCAUGAGACAAAAGAGUCUUUGUGAACAACCUCCAGUUGUUCUGUGGACAGAAGGAUAGCAGUUUCUCCAGAAGCCUCCAAAGAUUGCUGCAAAUGUUUCCUCUUUCAUUGCUUUGACUCCUCUCCUGUUCCUUUGUGGGAAGGGCUCUGUGGCCAGUCCCCUCACCCGUCCUCUGGAAAGUUGAAUUUAGUUGUUUUUUGCUGUCUCAGCAGAAGUAUUUUCUUGGAAAAACCUUGAAACAAGAAUACUUUUAGAGUUCUUAAUUCUAUGAAAACUUUGCAGAAAUGCUGAGCAUAGGCACCUAGAAUAUGGUGGACAAUCACAGGGGUCUGGCUUUGCCACUUAGCCACUAAGUUAUAUAGUAGGAAUGGCAAUGCUUAUCAUCUCUUGAUGUUACACAUAGUAACUGGCCUUGCAUGCCCUGUUCUUCUGACUAGGGCUCUCCUCUCUGCAUGCCAGCUGCUAGAGCUACAUUCCUGUCACCUCUGCUGCAUCAUUAGAGAUCCUGGCCACUCAGUUUAAAGGCUGUGAGGAAUUACAGCACUCAGAGUCUUCUGCUCUGUCAGCUCCUUUCUUUCAAUUUGAAAUCUCGUGAUUAGACACAGGUACCUCAGCCUCAAGUCCUGGCAUCUCACAGCCCAUCAAUUUUGCUAAUCCUGCAUGAAACAAGAACUAGACUUCCUUGUAGUAUCAGCUCAGGUCAGAGAACUGUGAACUCACCUGGGAUGAUGAUUAAGUCACUUAAUUGUUGGGUUUUAUUUUUUAUUUGCAUCCUAGAGUAUAGCUGUAUGAUAAAUACAUAGUCUAUUCUUUAAUAGCUCUAGGAAAGAUGCACCAGGUCAGGGCUUGUUCCAUGCCUCACAAUUACUGAUUCACUGCCUAAAGUCUGCACAAUGUCCUUUUAUUCACCCUUAGAAUGUCAUGACAUCCCCAUUUUGCCUGUCUUCCUGGAUUAAACACCAGUGUUUUUUUUCUUCCUAAACCAGAUGCUAAAUGCUGUAGUUUAACACAUGCUAAGGACAGCAGAGUACAGCCUGGAUGAUAGGAUUUGGGAUGCACUUACCAGUGUUGGUGUGACUGGCUUCUGGUCCUUCUACAGGCAGUAUCAGGCUUGUGUCUUUUAUUGUUGGGUCAUAUUGUUGCAGCUUCUGAUCUGUUCCUUGGUGUCUUUUCCAUUCUUCUACUUGUGUAUCUGAUUAUUUCUAUCUGCCUGAACUGCUUUCCAUGAAUCUACUGAAUGUCACCACCAGUUCUCUCCUUAUGUCAGAUACAUGUUUACUAAAUGAGCCUAUCUUCCAGAGUACUCCUGGAUUUCUAAUACUUACAUAUUUGACUGGCUUCUUGAACCCAGGGGUCUUUAAUGCAGACCUUGACUAAACCAUGCUGUCUAGCAGAUGGAAUCUUUCUACCUGAAGGGGAGUUGUAGUGAGGUGGGAGUCAUCUCUUCUCUUUAGUAACGAAUUAUUAGGAUACGAGGAAAUGGGUUCAAGGGGCAGUUUAGAGUGGACAUUAGGAUGAACUUUUUAACUGAGAUGGCUGUUAAGAACAGCUGCCCAGGGAGAUGAUCGAGUCACCAUCCCUGGAGAUACUUAAAAGACACGUGGAUGAGGUGCUGAGGGACAUGGGUUAGUUUAGUGAUGGGCCUGGCAGUGUGAGGUUAGUGAUUGGACUUGAUGAUCUUAAAGGUCUUUUCCAACCCUAUUGAUUCUAAGGGGUACCUGAGUCAGCUCUGAUGAAAAGAUCUUGUUUGCAAUAGAUGAAACACCUGUUCCUAUGUGCAGCAACUCAACUAGUUUCCAACUCUCAUUGCCCUCCAAAAAUGGCAUGUGGAACAAUAGUAAAUAAUCUGUUAAAAUUGAUAGAUACCAUGCCAAUUAUAAGUCUUAUUAUUCAUGGAUUUUUAUGAUCUAUUAAAAAAAAAGACUAAACAAUAAAGCUAGCUCUAACCCAAACCCUAAGUCUAACCCUGACCCUAAACCCUAACACUGAUCCUAUACCCCAAUCCUAAACACUAACCUCUAAACAUAAUCCCUAACCUCAAACCCCACCUAACCUUAAGUCCAAAACAUAAACCUAAUCCUAAACAUAAUGCUAACUAUAAUCCCUAACCCCAAAACCUAACCCUAAGCCCUAAACUCUAAAUGCAACAAUCUAAAUCUAACCCCCAGCCCCUCAAACUCUAACCUUGUAACCAUAACCAUAAUCACAGAUCCUAAACCUAACAGUAACUCCUAACCCUAAACCUAACCCUAGCACUGAAACAAACCUAUAACUCUACCACUAAGCCAAACCCCUAAACUAUAACCCUAAGUCUAUACACUGACCCUAACUCUAACCCCUAGCCCUAACUGUAACCUUUAACCCUAACACCAACCUUAAACCUAAUCGCCUGACCCUAACCAUAAAUCUGUCCCAGUCCCUUACAGCUAACCCCUAUCAGCCCCACAUUUGACGGUUGGACUAGAUGAUUUCUAAAGCUCCUUUGCAAUCCCUACCAUUCUAUGAUUCUAUGAUCACUCACCCCUAACACUACCCUAAACUAAACCUAAAGCUAACCCAUGAAAUGAAACCACAAAGCCCAACACUAACAGUAAACCUUAAUGCUAACCCUGACUAUAACCACUAAUCCUAACCCCUGGCCCCUAAUCCUUACUCACUCAAUCUAACCAUGUAACUCUAAGCCAGUUAUUCUAACCUACUAAACCUAAUUCCAAAACCUAACCCCCUAAUCGUAUUUCUAACUCCUGACUCUAGACCCCUACCCAUUUAAUUAAACAUAAUCCCUAACCCUACACUGGUAACUCCAGCUACCUGACCCUGACAGGUCCUGCUUCCCUCCAGAGUGCCAGAGUUCCCUCCAAGCUUUUGCCAGGCUUUGCCAGCGCCCACAAGUGGCUGCCAAGGGAAGGAGAAGGCCACCAACAGCUUUCAGUCCUGCCAUCUCCGAGUGAAAUCUCUCCGAGUGAAAUCUCUGUCUGGCAGGUAUCUGUUUUGAAGCGGGGCUUAGGCUAGGGUAAGGGUGUAGGCAAGCAGGAGUCUUCCUAAACUAAAACUGAAGCCAACAGGAAUCUUUCCAGGGAUUUAAAGGAUGCUGAAUGGGAUCCUACAGAAAACUGGCAUGACUUUGAGUUAACAAUUCUAUUUAUAUUAGUGCCUGUCACAGCCCUGCAGAUACUCGCACACCAUCUGCUGAUGGAAUUCACCAGCUGCUGUCCUUACACAUCAGUCUUGAGAUAACUCUGCUUUUGGUCACCUUCAGAACAUUCUCAAGUCCUUCUGAAGCCUUUCUGUGAUUCACAUGCCCCAUUUCUCAAAUUACCAAUAGUUCAUCUUCCUCUGCCUACUAACGUGCACCUGAAUGUGUAGGUGAAAAUCAUCAUCUUUAUCUGUCUCUGUGUUCUCUGCAAUAUGAAUCCAUCUUUACAACCACCCUUCCAUCCCCUAGGUGAAUCAUUUAUUCUUCCAUAUUGGUAAGUGACAAAAUUGCUUCUUCCAGAAGGAAUUCUUUCUUUUUUAGGUAACACUUUCCUGUACCCUGGUUGCUAAUACUUUUCACGUUGUGCCACUAUCUUGCCAGCCCUUCCUCUUGCCAGCUGUUAACAAGAUAGUGUGCCACUAUCUCACCAGCUGUUAACAAUUGCAGGCAUAAAUGUAGACUAUGAUACUUGUCAGUCACAGAGACCAUGUUUCCAAGCAAGCACUAAAUUAGCAUGCGAGUGCUCUUCCUUUCAGCUCUGAAGUCAACUCCAGAAGACAUGUUUUUCACCUUCCCCCUGUCCAUGUUAGUUGGACAUGCAGGUCCACCCAGUGAAGGUCUCUUCCACCCAGACACUGAGUAAUCUGUUGCCAGAAGUUAUCCUGAAACCUCCUCCUCAAGCAAGCAGGGCUUAACAGAAAAAAACCCAUUUAUAUACCUAAAUGAGACCUGCAGGCUUUAACACCAGGGCUGACACCUCAGUUUGACUUACUCUCCAAAUCACAGUCUACUCCUAUCAUGUCAGUACCUGGUUUUCUCAUCAUCAAACAGAACUUCUGACUCCCAGAUUUCCUUGGCAUUAAAGGACAUGUUGUUACUGACCUUAACACAUGUAUUCUGAAUUUUUGCCCAAACUGAUGUUUUCUUCAAAGAUCAGCAUUUUUGUGUCAUUGCAUGGGAAUUUCCGUUUCCACUGUGAAAGAUAGGAAUCCUGGCUUUAGAAGAUAUGAUUAUAAACCAGGACUUGUAAUAUCUCAAAGAAACAAACUCAACCCCAUCUAUAAGCAUGGUAAUUUUUAAGUUCUUCCUACAUUAGGGAGCCCAGCAAGUAAUUUUUAAGUGGGUUGGCAAAGCUGAAGACUGUCUCAAUGGUAGUUUCUUUUGGAAAAGUGUAUUAUACAGAUAGACUUUCCUACACGCAAUUCCAGUCAUCUCUAUUGCUUUCGGGGGACAAGGGAAAGGAAGUAGCUAUCUGAAGGUCUCUUCUACUGGAGAUCAAAACGUGCUAGUACUUCCAUAUGGAAAGUAGAAAUUUAGCACAAACUGCCACCUCAGAGCAGGACAUACACACAUCUUGUAUGUGUCCAACACUGUCUUCCUCAUGAUGAGGCCCAUCCCUUCAAUACACACAUUGGAAUGUCAUUAUUUUAGGGAUAAUCUCUCUCAACCACCUUGGUGGUCAGCUCCUACCAGGGCUGCUUUCUAGUAGAGUGGACACAACAGCCAUGAAACAGUCUGCAGGGAAGCAUGUGACAGCAACUCUGUGGAACAGAGAAGCAAGUACCACAUGUCAGGUGCAAGAUACGUACGGCUGAACCUGCCAGUGGAUGGGGAGAUGGACUUCUGAGGCCACUUCCAAGGCCUACAUGCAAGAGGUGAAUCUAUCCUGAGAACAUGCACUCUGUCAAAGCCAUAACCAAGCCCAUUUCCAGAAGCUUGGGGUUACUUUCUUUUGAAUGGCCUUCCAUUCUUUUACUACUUCUUUUACUAUGAGCAGGUGAGUUAUGGAGCUGAAGACCACUGAGCUACCCACAUGCUUGCAGUCAGUCAUCCUUUCAAGAGGCUCCACUGGCAACUGCCAGGAUAUACCUGAAGAGUUAUAGAAAUAACUACAUUCAGCAAAGAGGUCAUAAAAAUGAGGGCAAGGCUGCUGAGCAGGUUUAUUAUGUCUCAGGAAAAUAAGGCAACCUCCUCCCUUUAUUUUUGUGCUAGUAAACUGAGUGUCAGAAACAAAACCAUGAAUCUGUGAAUGCACCCAGUGCCUGCGAAUGUCCUCACUUGCUGUGUGCUGGCACUAAGAUAUACAUAUCCUGACUUGUCAAAAGGCUUCCUGGCACGAGGAAGAAUGCCAAUCUGCUACUGCACAGGAUGCAGCAAAUAACUUCUAAUUCCAGCUCUGUGGCUUGUGUUGGCUGGCAAGGACAAACAGGUAAUCACUUACAAUGAAAACAUAACGUAAUUCCAUCAGUCCAGAGACAGAGCCUACGUGGUUCUUCCUCUGAGUAGAUAUAUGCUUCACACAAAAUCAUUGACAGUAGAAGUAGCCUGAAGUAUUGACUUCAAGAAGUAUUAAUUGUAACCAGUCUAUUAAUUGUCACUUUGCAGUUGAGGGCAAGAAGAUAGAAGGAAAGUCAUCCUUUGGCCAAGGUACAGUACAGAAGUCAAAAUUCUUCUGUAGACAAUUUUCAUUUUCCUUUGUGCACAAAGGGCACAGGAGCAAAAUGCAUCUGCAAGUUAUUAUAUGCUGUAAGCAACUUAAAACUGUCAGGGGAAACCCUCAAAUGUCACUAUUUUCCCUCUCAAAUGGUGUUAAGAGCCGAAGAGUUUUGGAGAAUGAUCUGUAGUGUCCGUAUCUUCUCAUCUCUGCUUUCCAUAAUACAGCAUGCCUGGGUUUGCACAGCAUACAGCAAUGUUAUCCUUGUUCCAAGAGAAGAGGGCUAAGGUUGCACAGGUUGCCCUGUCCAACAUUCGCAUUGGGUUCGCCCCAUAUUUUUUAAAAGAUAUUUCUUUGGAAAAUGUCAUCUUUCCCUCAUCAACCCUUUUGUGUUUCUUCUCAACAACUGGUCCAACAGUGGAUCAACUUGACCUUCCUUGGAAAUAAUUUGACCUGUAGGACAAAGUUUGUUUUGCAUAAUGCAGUUCUGGUCAUACAACCAUUUGUAUCACCCUUGUGCUUGUGUUGCUAAUAAAGGUUUAUAU